AUGGCUAAACCAGGGUAUAAGCCAGGAUUGAGCAAGUAUGAGUCUCAAAUGACUGGAACAAAUUGUGUCUUAGAAAUAAAAGACGAGUAUAUUCUGCUGGCCGAACACACAGAAGACUGUCGCGAUGUACAUCACAGGCAGUCGUGCCAAUGCCACGUCACGACGAUCUGCAACAUGCGAGAUCGAGCCAUGCGAGAGGCUGUAAAGUCAAUCAAGAAGCAACACUUGGUCGAGGUGCGAUCGAUGGGCAAUCCACCUGCCAUGGUGAAGCUCGCCCUGGAGUCUGUGUGCCUCCUACUGGGCGAAAAUGCGACGGAUUGGAAACAAAUUCGCACGGUCAUCAUCCGCGACAACUUCAUCACAACAAUCGUCAACUUUGACACGAACGACUUGACGGAUGACAUUCGUUUGAAGAUGAAGCAGAAAUAUCUAGACAACCCUGACUUCAACUUUGUGAAUGUGAACCGUGCAAGUUUGGCCUGUGGUCCCCUGGUGAAGUGGGCCAUUGCACAGGUGAACUAUGCAGAGAUGCUGAAUCGGGUUGACCCACUCCGACAAGAGUUGAAAAAUCUGGAGAGAACAGCGAAUACGAACAAGCUGAAGGGAGAAGAGGUCAACAAGCUGAUCAGUCAACUAGAAAAGAGCAUUGCUGCUUACAAGGAAGAGUAUGCCAUGCUCAUCAGCCAAGCUCAGGCUAUCAAGACUGACCUCGCCAAUGUGCAGGGGAAG